GCCAUCUGAACAGUGGGCUGCUGGACUUCCUCCUGUUUGGCAGCUUAAUUGCCGCUGUGGAUCCUGUAGCUGUUCUGGCAGUGUUUGAAGAAGUCCAUGUCAACGAAGUUCUAUUCAUCAUCGUUUUCGGAGAAUCGCUUUUGAACGACGCUGUCACUGUGGUGCUGUACAAUGUGUUUGAAUCUUUCGUUGCAAUAGGUGCAGAGAACGUGACGGGGAUUCAAUGUGUCAGAGGCAUAGUGUCCUUCUUUGUAGUGAGCCUGGGUGGGACACUGGUUGGCAUUUUCUUUGCGUUCCUGCUCUCGUUGGUCAGUCGUUUCACCAAGCACGUGAGAAUCAUUGAACCUGGAUUUGUGUUUAUCAUUUCCUACCUGUCCUACCUCACGGCAGAGAUGCUUUCUCUGUCCGCUAUCCUUGCGAUAACUUUCUGUGGCAUCUGCUGUCAGAAAUAUGUCAAGGCUAACAUAUCUGAACAAUCUUCUACAACUGUCAGAUAUACCAUGAAAAUGUUGGCCAGUGGAGCGGAAACUAUUAUCUUCAUGUUCCUGGGAAUUUCAGCUGUAAAUCCAGAUAUCUGGACUUGGAAUACAGCUUUUAUUCUGUUGACUCUAGUCUUCAUCUCAGUAUAUAGAGUUAUUGGUGUAGUUAUACAGACAUGGAUUCUUAACCACUACAGGAUGGUCCAGUUGGAGAUCAUAGACCAGGUGGUGAUGUCGUAUGGCGGACUACGCGGAGCGGUCGCUUUCGCUCUGGUUGUACUCCUGGAUAAGGACAAAGUGAGAGACAGAGACCUGUUCGUCAGCACGACCAUCAUUGUUGUGUUUUUUACUGUUAUUUUCCAGGGACUGACUAUCAAGCCUUUGGUACAGUGGCUGAAAGUGAAGAAAACUGAACACAGAGAGCCAAAACUGAAUGAGAAACUCCAUGGCAGAGCCUUUGAUCACAUUCUUUCUGCUAUAGAAGACAUUUCUGGACAAAUAGGACAUAAUUAUUUGAGAGACAAGUGGUCCAAUUUUGAUAGGAAAUUCCUCAGUAAAGUACUGAUGAGAAGGUCUGCUCAAAAAUCAAGAGACCAGAUCCUUAAUGUUUUCCAUGAACUCAACUUGAAGGAUGCAAUUAGCUAUGUGGCUGAGGGAGAACGUAGAGGUUCCUUGGCAUUUAUACGUUCUCCAAGUACAGACAACAUGGUAAAUGUGGAUUUCAGCACCCCGCUCCCAAGUACCAUGGAAAGCUCUGUCUCUUACUUACUGAGAGAAAAAGCCGGACCAGUUUGCCUCGACAUGCAAGCUUUAGAGCAGAGGAGGAAAAGUAUCCGGGACACAGAAGACGUGGUGGCUCAUCACACCCUUCAGCAGUACCUGUACAAACCCAGGCAGGAGCACAAACACCUGUACAGUCGACAUGAGAUCAUGCACAAUGAAGAUGAGAAACAAGACAAGGAGAUUUUCCAUAGGACAAUGAGGAAACGCUUAGAAUCUUUCAAGAGUACCAAACUAGGAAUAAACCAUCCCAAGAAGCUCAAUAAAAUCCACAAGCGAGACCGGGGCCAAAAAAGGCGAAACAGCAACGUAAUACCGAAUGGGAAAAUACCUUCGGAAAGUCCAGUGCAAGAUUUUGCUUUGAAGGAAAAAGAUUUGGAAUUUUCUGAAUCAGAAGAAAAUAAUGAUUAUGAAACUCUGCAUCUAGGCAAAGGAGUUGAUUUCCUGGCUAAUGUGACGAAGCAAAAUUUCACAGAUACUCCUAAUGGAAUUGAUAACCCAGUAUUUUCAGCCGAUGAUGACCAAAGCAUCUACAUGAAGUUCUCACCCUGGUUAUCUAGUGAAGACACUGUGGUGCCAUCGCAAAGGGCCCGCGUGCAGAUCCCCUAUUCUCCAAGCAACUUCAGACGACUCGCUCCAUUCCGGCUCAGCAAUAAAUCAAUAGAUUCCUUCCUGCUAGCAGAUGGCCCAGAGGACCGACCCAGACCUUUUCUCUCAGAAUCAACACAUAUGUAA